UCACAGCUCGUGAAUCUAGUGUGGCUUGAACUCUCUCGCUGCAUAAAUUUAGAAGCAGUCCCAAACCUAUCAGGGUCUCCGAAGCUAGAGCGCCUCCUUCUCAGCGGGUGCAAAAGGAUUGAUUCUGAACUAGUAGAUGAGAUAGUUAAUGAUGUUCUGAAAAGACUCGCAGAGAUUUCACAUAGAGUGAAGUUUGAUCACUUGGUUGGCAUGGAUACUCGAGUUUUCGAGGUCGAACAGCUAUUAGCCAUGAAUGUAGAUGAUUUUCGCAUUAUUGGUCUUUGGGGGAUGAGUGGUAUAGGGAAGACCACUCUGGCUACAGCUUGCUACCACUCAUUUGUAUCCUUCAUAAAAGAAAUGACGCAUCACUUUGUUCUGAACGUAAGUGAGAAGCUUGAAAAGCAAUAUGAAAUCGAAGGAAUGGUACAAGAACUCUAUUCAACAUUAUUGUCAGAGGAUAACAUAAACGGCCACAACCUGGGUAUUGGUUAUAGAAGGGAGCGCCUUUCUCGUCUUAGGGUGUUCAUUGUUCUUGAUAAUGUGGAAACAGUACCGCAGUUGGAACAACUGUUGUUGGGAGAUAAGCAGGCUGCAAAUCUCUUUGGUCCGGGAAGCAGAAUUAUUGUGACAACUCGAAACAGAAGAGUACUUGAGAAUGUAGGGGCUCAUAUAUAUGAGGUGAAGCAUUUGCAUUCUCAUGAAUCGCUUCAGCUGUUUGGGAUGUGCAUUGCUUAA